UUGGACUCCAAAGACUCUUCCUAUGGACGGACGCCGCUAUCAUGGGCGACAGGGAGUGGGCAUGAGGCUGUGGUCAAGCUGCUGCUUGCUACGAACAGAGUUGACCCGGACUCCAAGGACUCUUCCUAUGGACAGACGCCGCUGUCGUGGGCAGCAGAGAAUGGGUGCAAGGAGGUGGUCAAGCUGCUGCUUACUAUAGACAGGGUCGACCCAGACUCUAAGGAUUCUGAAUAUGGACGGACCCCAUUAUCAUGGGCGGCAGGGAGCGGGCAUGAGGCUGUGGUCAAGCUACUGCUCGCUACGGACGGAGUUGACCCGGACUCCAAGGACUCUUCCUAUGGACAGACGCCGCUGUCGUGGGCAGCAAGAUAUGGGGACGAGGCGGUGGUCAAGAUGCUUCUCACUACGGACAGAGUCGACCCGAAUUCCAAGGCUAACAAUGGACUAACGCCGCUG